AUGAGCAAAUUUGCCAGACCACAUGAGCAAAAUCAAGGGUUGAUUGAGUCCUGUCUGGAGCAUGUAGAGGACUUUGAGGACGGGCCUGUUUGGUUUGGCAAAGGGUCGGCCGAGAUUGCAAAAAAAACCUGGUGGACGAAACACCAGAAGGCGGUGUUUGUUAGCUUAAUUGGCCGUAAAGGGAUCUCGCAAUUAGAAAAGAUUGCAAACCUUGUCCAGAAAAGCCCUGCCGAGUGUGAAAUGUACCUUGGUUUGCUCCAGGGUGCAAUACAGAAUGAACCUUCUCUCCCGGCCCUCACUUACUUAGACAUACCAGCGGCGAUUGAAACCAAUGAAGAAGAAGUGACGACCGAGAACGAGGCAGAGCAAUUCUCUAAAGUUGUGCCUGGAUCCGGAUCAUUGUUGAACUAUUCGGCCCUCAUGAAACGGUUCAACUGCGUAUUGACCGCUGAAGCUGCUCAAAGUAUAGAAGAGGCAGUCGUCGAACGACUCAAAUGUAUUCUCUAUUACUGCCAGUUCUGUCCAAGCGGCCAAGCAGAUGUCGAUUAUAUGCUGGACCAGUACUUUGAAGUCUACGCGGACCCUGUGUGUGCGGAACCCCAAGAAACCGAGGACCGAUUGGACAGCGACGAUAGCGAGGAUGAGGCUCAAAUUGAGCUGGAGGACCUGGAAACAAAAUUACUCGACAAGUUCGAUAAUGGCCAAGAUGCGUUGGAACUGCAGGCGUCGUCCGAGCUUGCAACUUACAUGAAGCUUAACCCGUAG